GCUGGGUUUUGCUACAUUUCGCUGCUGGAUUCAUUGUAGCCAAGAAAGAGUUACAGAGUAGCGGCGGCUCAGCUCUCAGUAUCCCCUCAACACAGCGGCGGCGGCGGCGGCGGCAGCAGCAGCAGCAGCAGGGACCUCAAUCCUACUACGCUAACUCUUCAUCACAAAAUUCAGAAAAUAACAUUGGAGGGUUGAGUUUCUCUCAUGUAGGCAUUCUCACUGACUGUUUAUGGUGUAGUUUUUACACACUGCAACUUCCAUUUGUGGUAUAACACAAAAAGAGCUUGAAUGCUUCUGCCAUUAACAAAUGUUGAAGCGCAAUUAUGAGUCCUGUCAUCUCUUGCUGAUAACAGUGAAGUGGUUCCAUCACAGACUUGGGGAGAAGAACAGAUUAAGACUAUGAAUAGGUAAAAUUCUCCUGUGAUGUGGGCCAACAAAGCUGCUAGCUGGAGCUGAUGGUAAUCAGUGAGCUCUUGAGUUACUGCAACCUGGAGUAGUUUUGGGUACACUUCACUAAAGAGGGCACUGGUCCACUGAGGUUUCAAGAAGGCCCUUAGCCAACAGCUGCUCCUAUAAUCAGACCACUCAUGGCUAGUAAACGUAAGUCAACAACUCCUUGUAUGGUUCGUGCCACAGAUGUCUUGGAGCAGGACCCAGAUAUGGAGAUGGAUGGAAACGCAGGCGACAGGUCUCCCCGCCAGUUGUCGGAUGAAAGCUGGCCGGCGGAUAAUGGAAUAAGUGACGGGGAUCAGGUUUUAGAGAAAACUGCCUUAGACAAUCAACAGACCAAGAAACUAGAGGGAGGCUAUGAAUGUAAAUACUGCACCUUUGAAUCACAGGACUUGAAUGAGUUUACAGAACAUGUUGAUACUAUACAUCCAAAUGUUAUCCUCAAUCCAUUUUAUGUCUGUGCAGUUUGUAACUUUACAACUAAAAGGUACGACACCUUUACUGAUCACAAUGGCAGGCAUCACCAAGGUGAAAACAACUUCAAGUUGAAGUUGAUAAAGCGCAAUAAUCAGACUAUCCUUGAACAGACAAUUGAAGAUCCCACUAACACUGGGAAUGCAGAUAGAGAGGAAAUUCCACCAGCUGGAAUCUCAAUAAGUAAAACCCCAAUUAUGAAAAUGAUCAAAAGCAAAGGAGACAGUAAAAGAAUCAAUGUAUUGCCACGCAUGAAAGAGGAAUAUAGUACUAAGCAAGAAAGCAAGACUGAAGGGAAUAACAGUGACAUUAUCCAAAAUGCCAAUGGUGGAUUACUUAUUCCAGAAACUGUGAUUAAGGAUGGUGUGCCUCAUGUGAUGCCGUCGAUACAGCCGCCACCAAACAUCAACUUAAUACCCAAGGUCAUGAUUCCCAUGCAUGGCUCUAAGUAUAACGCUGCUAUGGAUGUUAACAAAAGCCUCAUAGGUUCCUUUAAUAAAUUCCCCUACCCUACACAGGCCGAACUAUCUUGGUUGACAGCCGUCUCGAAGCAUCCGGAAGAACAAAUUAAAAUGUGGUUCUCGACCCAGCGUCUUAAACACGGCAUCAGCUGGGCUCCCGAGGAGGUAGAAGAGGCCAGGAAAAUGAUGUUUAACGGCACCAUCCAGACCCCAACAAUCACUGUCGUACCGGCGCAGAUGCCAUCGUCCGCCAAAGGCACGGCGCAGCAGGUUAUCCAGACGGGGGUACCCUGCCAGCUGGUUGGUCAGACAGGUAUCGUGUGGACACAGGUCGCAAACGGGUCCACCGUGUCCUGUUCCCCCAUCACGCUGACGGUGGCUGCCAGCGUGAGCCAAGCCCAGUCUCAGAAGCGGAGUUUGCCGCCCUCGCAGGUAACCGGAGACCCGAAGCGUGCAAAUGUUGUCCAGGUUUGCCAGCUUGCGUCGCAGGGGAAUUCGGUCGUGUUUUCUCCAGGGGCCGGGGACGUGAACAUGAGCCGCAAGAAGACCAAGGAGCAAAUGGCGGAAUUGAAAGCCAGCUUUGCCAUCAGCCAGUUCCCCGACGAUGAGGAGGUUUUCCGGCUCAUGCAGGUGACCAAACUCUCCAGGGCAGAGAUCAAGAAGUGGUUCAGCGAUAAUCGGUACCGGACACAAAAGGGCCACUCCAGUCAUGCUGCUAAUGAAAUCGUGGUCACCAUCCCCCAGGAUCCCCCUUCAGGGGCUCAUCCAAAUCGGAAAUCUGGAUGGAAUAAUUUCUCUGAUUUUGCGCCGCAGAAAUUCAAAGAGAAAAGUACCGAUCAGCUGAAGGUGCUUGAGGAGAGCUUUCAGUAUAGCUCCUUCCCAACAGAUGAGGAGAAAGAAAGAUUAAGAUCGGAGUCCAAACUAACCAGGAGGGAGAUCGAUGCCUGGUUCUCUGAACGGAGAAAACUGAGAGACUCGCUGGAAGGAGGGAUUCUAGAAACGAGCAAACCACCCCUCAGUCAGGAUGUGAAACCAGAGACUGUAAAAUCAGAAGGACAAGAAGUGGCUGACAAUAGCCACACGAAAACUUCCCUUUCGGGUUCACAUUAUCCAGGCAAGCCUGGGACCCCUCCACCAAACACCGCAAUACAACAUAUUAAAACGACCAGUCCCAUUGACAAGACUCAUAAGAAAAGUCAGGAACAGCUGCACAUCCUAAAGAGCGCAUUUGUGCGCACCCAGUGGCCAACAGUAGAGCAAUAUGACAGCCUAGCAGUGCAGAGUGGGCUGCCAAGAAAUGACAUCGUCCGUUGGUUUGGCGACAACAGAUAUGCAAUUAAAAAUGGCAACUUGAAAUGGCUUGACCAGUACCAAAGAGCAAAUACAGAAAGUCAUAAUGGCCAGAAUAACCUCAAUGGCAAUGAACGAAGAGGAAGUAGCAGAGGACACAAAGCAGCUGGUGUUUGGGGUGGAAUCGGGCAUUCCACACACAGCCGGGCUGGUAAAACCGUCCUAUUCCAGUAUUACUUGCGGCACAGACAGCUAAGGGAGGAAGACCUCGAUGAGUUGGUUUCAAAGUCCAAUAUGAGCUACGAACAGGUCAGGGACUGGUUUGCGGAAAAACAAACGGAAGAUGCCAUGGACACAUCAGAGAGCAAUAGCAGAGACGGCCAAUAUAGUGAUGAGGAUGAGGAGUGGGGUGAGGUAGAGGACAUCAGUGAGAGAGAUGAAAAUGUUGUCUCUGAAUUCACAGGCAGCUGGGCACACACACCACAAUGUGGCUCAACUGAGUUUAAUGAACUGGAUUCUGAAAGCAUGUCUGCUGAAAAUCCCACAAUAUAGCAAAGGAAGCCAAAUGAGAAAAGUACUGACACAAAUAGCAACAUCUGUCUAAAGAAAGCUACCAUUUCUAUUCUCUGCGACACAAGGAGAGUAAUCGAGAACUUCGGCUCUGGCUCUAUAUUGUGAGACCGCAAACAUGGAGACAGAAUGAAGAACUGACUUCUCAUUCGAGCAUCUUUCAGAGAGCAAGAGAUUUGGUUAUAUCCAUAGUGCCAAAGUUUUACUACUGUAAUCAAAAGGGUCUUUGUAAAUAUUUUUUCUGUUUUUGAACAGAUUUGUACAAUUUAGGAAUUUUAUUACAUUUAUAAUUGGUGAGAGUUAAACUUUGCAGAUCAGGGUGUGCCCUUAGAGUCCCCAUUGGUUUUAGAUUUAGUAACCACUACCAGACUCUCUUCAUUUGACAUCUUUUACACUCACUACUUUUGCAAAAAAAAAUCUGAACUCCUAGCCAAAGAGGGCUGAGAUACUGACUGACGAAAAUUAUGUUUGAGUCCAGUAACAUCUUUAGGUCUUUGAUGUAUAAAAUGGCAGGAAAAGAUAUUUUAACAAGCACAUUAUUAGAAGCUUGAUAUUGUAAGAGGCUACAUUUGUAUUGUAAUGCAAACUGCUCUAGCCAGCCUUCAGUCAGCUAGAGGUGUGCAAUAUUGACUUAUUUAUGUCAGUAUACUAACAUAAUUGAAGUUGCAGUAACUUGUUUCCUCCUAUCACAAGAUUACAUAUUCAAAAGAAUAAAAAAAAGUGUUGGUCCCCA